AACAUGGCGUCCGAGUUAGGGCGAAUAGUGUGGGAAGGACGACCAAAAGACACAAAUAACGGCCAUGAAGAGCUUCUGGUGUUUGGAUAUUCGUGUAAAUUGUUUCGUGACAAUGAGAAGGCGCAAUAUGUGGAUAAAGGCGAGCAUUUGAUUCCCUGGAUGGGCGAUAACAGUCUCAUGGUUGACAGAUAUGACGUGCGUGGAGCGCUCUACGACCUCAAGGAGGCUGAGUCAGGAGGAGGAGGAGACCGAUGGGAAGGACUGACUGAAGAGGAACGGGCAGAGGAAGAGAAGUGUGAUCAUGAGAGAUACCUUGCCCUAUAUCAUGAUGAAUUCCAGUACCAAGAGUAUCAAGAUGAGGAAUCCAAACGGCUGAUGAGUGAACUGGGAUCCGAUACCUAUACCUAUAGCCAGGUGGGUUUCAGCUAUGAUGGGCAGGCGGUUCUUGAGGGAGGUGUAGCCUUGACUGAAGAGCAAAUACUGGAACAACAGGGUGCAUUACAGCAGCAGGCUGAACUUCAGCAACAGCAGCAACAGCAGCAGGAACAAUAUACAGGUUACUUUCCUGAGGCUGAUGAAGAUACUUUUGUGCCACCGCCAGACUUGAAUGUUCCACCUGGGAUGAUUGUGCCUGAGACUGUGAAGCAAAAUAAGAUCAUAGUGAAAACAUCCAAGUUCAUUGUGACACAAGGUGGGCAAAUGGAGAUUGUAAUCAAGACAAAGCAAGCUGGAAACCCAAUGUUUAGUUUUCUCUCCUUUGACAACCCAUUAAAUGCCUACUACAAACAUAUGGUAUCCAUGAUAAAAAGUGGCAGGUAUCGGCCAAGUGAGGAAGCUGAGUCAGGAAGAAAUAGGAAAGAGAGUGAGGGAAGUGAAGGGCAGUACCUGCAUCCAAGCCUUUCAGCUGGCAUAAAGCCUGAUCUUGCACCUGGAACACCCACUGCCAUUCACAAGCCAACAGCUGAUUGUGCAUAUUCAAAACUGAUACACAAGAUCAAAGAAAAACAGAAAGGCACUGUGGUUGUAGAGGGUAAAGACUCACCAGCACCAGUACUGGUUGCUUCAUCAACGCCAGUAUCUGCAGCCUCGGCAGAGGUUGGAGAUCCACUGAAGAAAAAGAAAUUACAGACAGACAUCACACCAGUAGGGUCUCCCAAGAUCACUAGCUUGGUUGACUAUCCAUCAUUCAAUCAGACAGCCGAACAUAAUUCAGAUGAUGAUGACAACGAUUCAGAGAUGGAUGAAAAUGAACGUUGCCUAAGUAAAGAGAUGGACUGUGGAGACACAGAGUAUAGUAGCAUCAAAUGGCCCCCACCAGAAGUGCAAAUGGUCAUUGACAAGAUGGCCAGCUACAUCAUCAAGAAUGGUGCUGAUUUUGAAGCCAUGGUCAGAAGUCGAGAUGACCCUAGGUUUGAUUUUAUGAAGAAGGACCAUGAGUACUAUCCCUAUUACCGGUGUAAGAUUCGUCUCUAUAAUGAGGUGUAUGGAGAUAUAUUCAAGGAGGGUGGAGAGGACAAGAGCAGAUCAGGUAGUAGUGAAGGAGGAGCAGGGAGCAGCAGCAGCAAGAAGGACAAGCGAGGGAACAAUAAACAACCCUCGACCAUCAGCUUCUCAAUCAAGUCCCGGGAACAGGAGGUCAACCUGGAUCGCCACUCUACCUUCCCUGUGGAAUCAUCCUCCACAGAUGAUGAGGACAUGGAGGAGGAAGAGAGAGAGAGAAGACGGAUGGAGAGGGAAGAAAGGAGGAGGAAGAGAAAACUGAAGGAGAAAGAAGAAAGGGAGAGGAGGGAGAGAGAAGAGAGAGAGAGAAGAGAAAAAGAGGAGAAGGAGAGGUUGAUUGAGAAACCUGAUGAGUCCACUGAUGCAUCAGAUGAUAAUGAAGAUGUUUAUGAUAUCUUCAAGUAUGCACAAGAAAUGGGCAAGAGCACUGAUGCAGAAGAACCACAAAAGCCAAACAAAAUUAGUGUUGAGUCCGAGAAGAAGGACUCUGACUCUUUGUCUGCCACCAAUGUGGUGCUUGAGGAUACCCACCCCUUCUGCCAACCUGAGAGAAAGCAACAAGAAAGGAGAAAAAAAGCAGCCAUGUUCCUGUCUCGGCUCAAAAAAGGUGGUGGAGAGGAGGAAGCUGUCAGCCAGCCAGCAUAUGGCCCACAACUGCCCCCUGAGAUUGCUGCUCAGAUCCUGAAUUCAGCGUCUCAGUCCCCGCGGUCUUCCGUUACUAGCCCCAGGAGGUCGACACCCUCAAGGUCACGCUCUCACUCUGUCAGCCCUGGCCCAGGGAUCCCCAUGCCUCCUAGAGAAGCUCCGGCACCCCCUCCGCCACCCCCACCUACUCUAUCUCCUGUACAGUCUGGACACACAGACAUGUUUGAUCCUUUCACAUACAAGGCUGGAACGGCAGAGGCAUCCUUGGCACUAGCAUAUAAAAAUGAUAGAACAUCUGCUUUGGAGUCAUGUAUAGCUUCUGGUACAGAUUACAUAGAUCCUAGCAAGUCGACUGGGCUACAGGAAUCUUCUGUUCUGUCGGGAGCAAGUGAGGAGGGUCGUAGAAGCCAAAGUAUAGAGAUGAGGAGAAGCAAAUCCCGGCAAGUAGAGGCAUCUCACCGGGAGAAAACAAGAAGUCGCAAGAAGCAGCGCCGUGGAAGAUCGGAGAGUCGUUCCCCAAGCAGUCGGCGGGAUCGCAAGAAACGCAAAAGAUCGAGAUCACGGUCUCGCCGUCAUAAGAAACGACGAUCACGUUCAAGAUCACACUCAAAAACUCAUAGCCGGUCUUCCCACAAGAAGAAGCGCAGAAAGCACAGCUCACGCCAUGAGAGAGAUAGGGGAGAGAGGCGAAGCAAGAAGUCAAGAAGACGUAGUAUAUCCUCAUCAUCUUCCUAUUCUUCUGAACGUUCUUACUCCUCAUCCAGGUCUUCAUCAGAGUCUGAGGAUGAGGUUCAAGUCAUUGAUUCCCCAGCACAUAGCAAGAGAGGGUCACGUGCCUCAAGCGAGGUCAGUGUUGGCGCUUCUGAUCUAUCCCUUGUUGGCGCUAUGGCAAGAAUACCUGAAGAGAGUAUGUCUGGCCCCUCAACCCCACUACCACCGUUGCACUCUUCGGCUCUGCGUCUAGCAUCUGCUGCUGAUGAUAAAAUGGCGACUGUAGAGGAAGAAGCUAUGAUAGAGGCAACUGGAAAUGGAAGUGCAGCAAGUAGUGGAGAAGGAGAGAUAAAGGAGGAAAAGAAGGAGGAGAAGAAGCCAUUGUUUAAUCCCCAGAGUAGUGCUGCCAUGGCGAAAAUUGCAAUGGGAUUACGGGCAAAAGUUCAUGCACUGCUCGAAAAGGAGAGCAAACUUUGAAGAAAUGCAAAUAAAAAAAGAGAAAAAAAAACAAUCAAUAUUUUUGUCCAUGGGAAUUGUGAUAUGUGAUUUUGAUCUUUUGAAAUGUGUAUUUCAAUUGGCCUGAUAUUGUUAUUGUCUAGAUUAUAUGCUUUGCAAGAAUAAAGUUUUCAAACAUUAUGUGAAACAUUUUGGAUAUGGAAACAUUUGGAAUGACAAAGAGUUGCUGUGGAUCUGUAAACUUCUGUAGACAGCAUGUCAGUACUUUCUAUUGUAGUAGUUUUUUGUAAGUAAUUUGUGUGAGUAUUCAAGUCUUUCACUUAUUUCAGCGGUGGAAUUAAUGUUUAUAUUUAAUAA